GAAACUGUAUUUCACACAUUUGGCCACUAGAGGCAGCAACUCCUCUCCCUAUGAGGAAAGAGAAGAAGAAGAAGCUAAUUAGCUACAUAUUUUGUUGUCUUGUGAGUCAAACUUGAACCUCAAACGUUGACAAUACACGCGUGUGAAACUGUAUUUCACACAUUUGGCCACUAGAGGCAGCAACUCCUCUCCCUAUGAGGAAAGAGAAGAAGAAGAAGCUAAUUAGCUACAUAUUUUGUUGUCUUGUGAGUCAAACUUGAGCCUCAAAUGUUGACAAUACACGACGGGGGAAGCCACUCUCGCAGGAUACCCUGCGACCCCGGCAGUGUUGAGGUCACACUCCUUGUCAGCUGUUCCGCUCUUUUUUAGUCGGGCUUCCCCGACACUGCUGCUGCUGCUGCAACUCUCAGUAGAGAGACAGGAAUACAGUACACUCGUGAAUGCACUUUGCCGCCGCCUACCACACACGUACUCGCUAAAUGCAGCGCCCUCCUUACGUUGCAGGAUAUCCGUCUUUCAGCAUCGCAGAGCCUUGCGUAUCUCCGGAUCGCCGCACAUGAUGGAGAGGAGUCGCCGUUCGCUCUUCGCCGCCCCUCUGCAGCGUCACACGAGUAAGUGUGGGUUAUCCCACACUUCCGAGGCCCUGGCAAGCCUGGAGCAGCUGGAGCUCAAGGAAGCUGAAGACCCAAGAGGAUAUUGUUAUGGUGGUUAUCACCCCGUGCAGAUAGGCGACACAUUUAAUGGAAGGUACAAGGUGCUCUCGAAGCUCGGCUGGGGUUAUUUCUCCACCGUGUGGCUCUGUCUGGAUCUCAGUUUUGGUCGUCGCGUUGCUGUGAAGGUUCUGAAGAGCGGAGCUGGUUUCGCUCAGGCGGGACAGGAUGAACUUGCCCUCUUAAGAUGUACCGGUGGGUCCUCCAGAAGGCAUCCACACAGUGAGAAUAUAGUUCAGCUGCAGGAUGAGUUCAAGCUGGCCGGAGUCAAUGGAGUUCACAUAUGUCUUGUAUUGGAGCUACUGGGACCAGACCUCAGGAGCUUGCAGAUGCACUUUAAGAAUCGGCGACUCUUUCAGCCUUGUGUCAAACAAAUACUCAUUCAGGUGCUGCAAGGUUUGGAUUACCUUCACAAUCAGUGUAAAAUAAUCCACACAGACAUCAAGCCAGAGAACAUUCUGCUGUGUAUAAACCAGCAGUCCAACAAUCAACCAGUUGGUGGCAGCAGUGUGUCCAGUCUACCCACUGAGGAUGAGGCUAAGCCCAAAGAAAAAGAAGAGGCUACUCCCUACGUGUUCACUGAAGCUCCAGUGAAGAUUGCUGACCUGGGGAGUUCCUGUUGGGUGUACAAACAUUUCUGUGGGGAGAUCCAGACUCGUCAGUACCGUUCAUUGGAGGUCCUACUUGGGUCCGAGUACGGCCCGCCAGCAGACAUCUGGAGUGUCGCCUGCAUGGCCUUUGAGUUGCUAACUGGAGACUCUCUGUUUGAACCCAAAGCUGGAGCCUCCUUCUCCCUGGAAGAAGAUCAUAUAGCCCAGAUCAUGGAGCUGCUGGGUAAAAUACCACCAACUGUAGUUUUUUCUGGGAAAUAUUCGUCCCAGUACUUCAGCCACAGAGGUGACCUCCAGCAUGUCGGACCGUUAAGGAUCUGGAGACUCUACGACAUUCUGGUGGAAAAAUACCACUUCCUCUUGGACGAAGCCUCCACUUUCUCUGACUUCUUACUGCACAUGUUGGAUUAUUAUCCGGAGAGGAGAGGCACCGCUGCACAGUGCCUCCUUCACCCUUGGCUGACCUCCUGAUGUGACCUCCUUAAGGUCCUACAAGGCCUCUGCAGGUUACUCAUAAUAGCGAAUUGUAGUGAUGGGUUGAUGAGGCGUCAUGAAGCGUUUCGACACAUUGCAAAAGUGUAUUGAUACUGUGUCGAUACUGUGUCACUAAAUACUGACAUCUGCUGGACAUUAAAAAUCCCUACAGGCAACCUAUGGACCGACUCAACUGACACUGAUUUGAUGCCCUAGUACAGGGGUCACCAACCUUUUUGAAACCAAAAACUACUUCUUGGGUACUGAUUAAUGCGAAGGGCUACCAGUUUGAUACACACUUAAAUAAAUAAAUAUAUUGUCAUUUGUAAGUUACACGUAAGUGUGAUUUA